AGGCGGAGCAGCCCGGAACACGGCAGUGAGUGUCUCGUGAAUGCUAAAAGGGUCACUACACCACCAACAGUGGCUUUAACGAGGCAGAAUUUGUAGAUUAGUCAGAUUAAAAUCACAGGGUGUCUGAAACACUGCUGUAGACCUCGGAUCUCGGAAAUAAACAAGUGUGCAGAAAUCAGUGCAUCAUCAUGUUGGUGGAUUUCGAGAAGCUGCGCAUGAAAGGAGCUGGGAAAGCCAUUGCUGUUCUCACAAGCGGUGGAGAUGCACAAGGAAUGAAUGCAGCUGUUCGUGCUGUAACCCGAAUGGGCAUUUAUGUUUGUGCCAAAGUCUACCUGAUCUAUGAGGGCUAUCAAGGACUUGUGGAUGGAGGCGACAACAUCAAACCUGCUAACUGGCAAAGUGUGAGCAACAUCAUCCAACUGGGUGGCACAAUUAUCGGCAGCGCCCGCUGUAAAGAUUUCACAACGAGAGAGGGUCGUCUGGCAGCUGCCUUCCACCUGGUGCAGCGUGGCAUCACUAAUCUGUGUGUCUGUGGUGGAGAUGGCAGCCUCACUGGAGCCAACAUCUUUCGCAAUGAGUGGAGUGAGCUGCUGGCACAGCUAGUCGAGGAAGGGAGAAUCACAGACUCAUUGGCUCAGCAGUACACCCAUCUGAACAUUGUGGGUCUCGUGGGUUCUAUUGAUAACGACUUCUGUGGAACAGACAUGACCAUCGGUGCAGAUUCUGCCUUGCAUCGCAUCAUGGAGGUCAUCGAUGCAAUCACCACUACUGCACAGAGUCAUCAGAGGACAUUUGUGCUGGAAGUGAUGGGACGGCAUUGCGGGUACCUGGCUGUGGUGUCUGCUCUGGCAUCUGGAGCUGACUGGGUCUUUAUCCCCGAGGCUCCUCCAGAGGAAGGGUGGGAGGACCACAUCUGUGCCCGUCUAGGAGAGAGCCGCAGUAAAGGCUCCCGUCUCAACAUUGUGAUCAUUGCAGAAGGAGCUAUUGAUAAACAUGGCAAGCCCAUAACCUCCAACUACGUGAAGGAUCUUGUAGUGAACAGGUUGGGUUAUGACACUCGAGUCACUGUGCUGGGGCAUGUACAGAGAGGAGGAACGCCCUCUGCCUUCGACCGGGUGCUGAGUAGUAAGUUGGGGGUCGAGGCAGUUGUGGCCCUGCUGGAGGCGACUCCAGACACUCCAGCCUGUGUGAUCGGACUGUCUGGUAACCAGGCCAUGCGUCUCCCUCUUAUGGAAUGUGUCAAUAUGACUAAGGAGGUGCAGAAAGCCAUGAAUGAGAAGCGAUUUAAUGAAGCCAUUCAGCUACGUGGAAAGAGCUUUGAGAACAACUGGAACACCUAUAAACUGCUGGCUCACCAGAAACCAGCUCAGUCAAAGAGCGUACACUCCAUGGCCAUUUUAAAUGUAGGCGCCCCAGCAGCUGGAAUGAACGCAGCCGUGAGGUCAGCAGUCAGAGUGGGCCUUGCUCAGGGCCUCAGAGUUUACACGGUCAAUGAUGGCUUUGAAGGCCUGGCCAAAGACAUGGUGACUGAAGUACACUGGCAUGAUGUAGCAGGAUGGACCGGUCAGGGAGGCUCACUGCUCGGCACUAAAAGAACCCUGCCAAACUCUUGCAUGGAAAAAAUUGUGGAAAAUAUUGGAAAGUACAACAUCCAGUCGCUUUUGGUUAUUGGUGGAUUUGAGGCAUAUGAGGGAGUUCUCCAGCUGGUGGAGGCACGGGGACAUUAUGAUGAGCUCUGCAUUGUCAUGUGUGUGAUUCCUGCCACUAUAAGUAACAAUGUACCAGGGACACACUUCAGUAUUGGAGCUGAUACAGCUGUCAACGCUGCUAUGGAGAGCUGUGACAAAAUCAAGCAGUCUGCAUCUGGAACCAAAAGGCGUGUCUUCAUAGUAGAGACUAUGGGUGGGUUUUGUGGAUAUCUGGCAACCACCACAGGCAUUGCUGUUGGGGCAGAUGCAGCUUACAUCUUUGAAGAAUCGUUCAGUAUCCAUGACUUAAAGAUGAAUGUGGAGCAUUUAACGGAGAAGAUGAAGAAUGAUAUUCAGCGAGGCUUAGUGCUGAGGAAUGAGAAGUGCCACAAACACUACACAACAGAAUUCAUCCACAACUUGUACUCAGCCGAGGGGAAGGGUAUCUUCGACUGCAGGGUUAAUGUACUGGGACAUUUGCAGCAGGGUGGGGUCCCAACACCAUUUGACAGAAACUUUGGCACCAAAAUGGGUGUGAAAGCUGUUUUGUGGCUCACUGAGAAAAUGAAGGAGACCUACAGACAAGGACGUGUGUUUGCCAAUGCGCCAGACACAGCAUGCGUUAUUGGCAUGAACAGAAAAAUGAUGUCAUUUAGCCCUGUCACAGAGCUUAAAGAUCAUACAGACUUCGAACACAGGAUGCCAAAGGAGCAGUGGUGGCUAAAUCUGCGUGUCAUGCUGAAAAUGCUAGCCAAGUACCAGACUCACUUCGAGGAGUAUAUUACAGGGGACAUAGAGCAUGUGACCCGCAGGAGCCUCAGUAUAGAGACAGGAUUCUGAAGAGCUGAAACCAGCCACCAGUACUAACAGCCCUGACUACACUGAUUACAGUGUAUCCCAGAUUCAUCCCUUAGUCAAUAAAUCCAGUGACCACUAUCAAAAUAGUGCUUACCUCAGAAACUUACUGUUUAUCUAAUGUUAUCUUUUGUACCUUCCAGACCUGAUCUUUCUGUGUGUAAUGUCAAUCUAAAACUGGAUUUGUUUCCGUUAAUCACAGAUUUCCCAUAUGGAAGUGUUGAGUGUCGAUAUCUCUGAUGCCCAUUCAGUGUUAAAUGCUGUAACAGUACAUUUGCACUAUGUAGUAUUUAUUGCAUGUUUAUUCCUGGAAUUCUGUGUUCUAUUGUGUUUCAUGGUAUUCAACAUACAUAACAAUGACACUUUAAUCAUGACUCAAAAUGGUGCAAAAUAAACUUAAAUUACGGGAGGUUUUUACUGUUUUCUUACUUGUGAAUGGAUUAAAAGUCAUUUAUAAUAUUUUUCAAAUUUUCACUAGAUCUGUAAAGCACCAGAUCUUGUUUCAAAAUGAAUUUAUCACCCUUUCAAAGAAAAGUCUAAAUUUUUCUAAGUAAGUUUUUUUCUGCAGAGUGAAAUUAACUUUUAAUUUCUAAAAAUUAUCAAUGUCAUUUUGGCUUAUACAUUCUAGGUGUGCUUUACAACUGAAGCUAUUCUGAUAAUAGUUUGGUUAAUUAUUGGUGAUUGCUUCAGUGUUGCUUAAAUAAACUUAUUUGACAUCUCUAAAAGAAUGUUCUUCUUUCCUAUCUCUAUGUUGAUAUUUCACUAUUCUGUAGCAAUGUUAAU